GGAAGUCCAUUUCUACUUCACAUCAAGGCUGUGGUAUACUUAUGUGAGCUGCUAACACUGAUUGCUGUUAGAGUGUGGAGAAUAUCAAGUGAACUCGUCCACGGUGCAUACGAUAUUGAAAAUUUUCAAUCACAAUUUCAACAAUGUCUGUACAACUAGCUAAACUAGUGAAAGGCAUAGGUGCCAUUAAAGGUUUUACAACUGGAACAACAGAAUCAACUUUUGACCAACAGCAUGAAUUAGAUGAAACAACGCCAAUAACAUUUCCUACUUAUAUGACGGAAAUGACAGAUGCUGUAGCAUCUCACACCGAUUCCGAAUCCAAUAACACGGUGUUAAUAAUAAUGGGAGUACUAUUGGGAAUUCUGGUUUUGGUGUGCUGCGUCCUUGCUUUCAUAUUUGCAAGGAUGAGGAGGAAAGGAUUCUGCCCUGUGGAUGGAAGAAAUCAAGAGUCGUGCGACUUGGACUGCCCAGAGAAUGGAAUGUCUUCGGAAGUAUCCCCAAAGGAAUCUAUGACUUCGGCAAAAUCAAUCAACUCUUCAUCAGAUAAAUUACUAACUAAGUAACAGGUCGCUUGAAAAUUUGAUUGGUACGCUUCAAAGUUAUUCAUCCGUUUCGAAAAUAUUUUGAAAGCAAUAGCGAUGUGUGAUUAGGAUAUCAGAUGUUAGCAGCCAUACAGGCAGAAUUCUAUCACCAAUAUUAACUAACCUUUAGAUGUCUUUUGAAAUGUCAAUUUUUUUUUUACCAGUUAUCCAUCGCGUUUCUUGAUCAAAGCGGUGUUGUAGAAUGUAAAACAUUGAAUAUGGAAAGUGAAAAGUUGGAUAUUUCCAGCUACAAUUUAAGAAAAUACGCAACACGUAAAUCUCGAGAUUUCAAAUCAGAAACAUUCGGGAGGUUGGUAUAAAAAUGAGUCGCAAUUGGACUCGAAAAUUCUGUUCGUGUUUCUAACUUACUCGGUUUAGCCGGGGUAGCUGCAGUGGAACUGGGCGUACCAAAUCCAAAAUUGGGAGCUGCAGCGGGAGUUGAAGUUCCAAAGCCGGUCCCAAACGACAUAUUAAUUACUUUUAUUUAAAUAAAUGCACACGUUAACGAAACAUAACCUUCUAAACAACGACCGUGAGGGACAUUCAUGCAGUCAUUCUAUACUGGGAGCCAGACGCGGAAUCGCCUCACAAGCAGAAAGGCAGAAGUCCCUUGCGUUGUCAUUGGUCGAUUGUGCUGCCAUCAAAGGCUAAUAUAUUUUCAGAACGGCGAAUACUUUUUCGUGGCGCUCAAUUUCAAAUUAUUGAACUUAAACCUGUCUAACAAUAAAAGCAUGCGUGAACAUGACUACAUUUCAACGAUGAUUCGCCCGGAUGAUUCUGGACCACUAAAUUCGCAUUCAACCAUCAAUGAUGAAUAAACUUGACUUUAUUUAAAACCAAUAACCACAUGACUACAUAGGUUGUAAUGAGAUACGCAAUAAUAGCACCUUGAGGGCUGAAAUCCAUUUUAUUCAUGUAUCAUGUACAUACAUAUAUUAUUUAUACAUAUAUACUAUACAUCUCUUGUACUGUAUUGAUUGCAUAUACAAUUUUUGUGAAUAAACACAAUGUUUUUUUCCGA